GGGACUCAGGGAAGAUUAAUUGCUGUCUCAUUAUAUAAGCGGCUAAGCUCAUCUACUAAAAAUAUUCAAAGAUAUUAUCAACUAUCAAGUACCAGUACCAUUUCUUUCUUUACUAUUUUUUCUUUGAGGAUUUUAAUCCCUCCUUACUUUCACAUAAAAAGAGAGAGAGAGAGAGAAAGAAGGCAUAGACUAGAGAGAACAUACGAGUCCAAUAGAGAAGUAAAGUGCCAUAAAAAACGACAGGACGCAUCACGCUACGAAUGGAAUCUGCGUUUCCUUUUUUCCUUAUUUUCGUGGCACGGAAAGCUUCGAGUUAAAGAGCAUCAAUCCAAAUCAAAAUCCCUAGCUGGUUUUCUUCCGAUUCGAAGAGAACGCGCUCUGAAACAGCGCAUUUCCAAUGGCGUUUUGGUGGCCGUUGCUCGUUUUAGCAUUCGCUUACGGUAUUUGUAGGUUCCUUCUCAUGCUCAUUCCUCCUAAGGUUCCUUCCAUCGACGUUGACACUUCCGAUGUGUUAGACGAUGGAAACCAAGCGCAGGAGAACAGUUUCAUAUAUGUACCUCCGAGGGGAACAUCGCAGCAAUCAGGCAAGAUAGUUCAGUGCUACGAGCCUGCAACUAUGAAAUAUUUGGGAUAUGUUCCUGCAUUGACGCGUGAUGAGGUCAAAGACCGAGUGGCAAAAGUAAGGAAGGCGCAAAAAAUGUGGGCAAAGUCCAGCUUCAAGCAAAGACGCCUAUUUUUGCGUAUACUUUUAAAGUAUAUAAUUAAACAUCAAGCGCUUAUAUGCGAAAUAUCUUCGCGUGAUACUGGAAAGACAAUGGUAGAUGCCUCUUUAGGAGAAAUAAUGACAACAUGUGAGAAGAUCAAUUGGCUACUGUCAGAGGGUGAGCAGUGGUUAAAGCCUGAAUACCGGUCUUCUGGAAGAUCAAUGCUUCAUAAGAGAGCUAAAGUAGAAUUUCAUCCCCUUGGUGUUAUUGGAGCCAUUGUUUCAUGGAAUUAUCCCUUCCACAAUAUUUUUAAUCCUAUGCUGGCUGCAAUUUUUUCUGGAAACGGUAUUGUGAUUAAGAUAUCAGAACAUGCAAGUUGGUCUGGAUGCUUCUACUUCCGGAUCAUCCAAUCAGCCCUUGCUGCCAUAGGAGCUCCAGAGGACCUUGUUGAGGUGAUAACAGGGUUUGCUGAAACAGGAGAAGCAUUAGUAUCUUCUGUUGAUAAAGUCAUAUUUGUUGGAUCGCCUGGUGUUGGUAAGAUGAUAAUGAACAAUGCUGCUAACACUCUUACACCAGUGACACUGGAGCUUGGUGGGAAAGAUGCAUUUAUUGUUUGUGAAGACGUAGAUCUGGACCAUGUUGCACAAAUUGCUGUCAGGGCUGUACUUCAGUCAAGUGGACAGAACUGUGCUGGGGCAGAGCGAUUUUAUGUCCAUAGGGAAAUAUAUUCUUCUUUUGUUAGCUUAGUUACCAAAAUUGUGAAGUCUGUUACAGCUGGCCCACCACUUGUUGGAAAGUAUGAUAUGGGAGCUUUAUGCAUGCAUGAGCAUUCUGAAAAGCUUGAAGGCCUUGUAAAUGAUGCUUUAGACAAAGGAGCUGAAAUUGUUGCCCGUGGGAGUUUUGGACAUAUUGGUGAAGAUGCAGUUGAUCAAUAUUUCCCCCCUACUGUGAUUGUGAAUGUGAACCACACAAUGAGAUUGAUGCAAGAAGAGGCAUUUGGACCAAUCAUGCCGAUAAUGAAAUUCAGCUCUGAUGAGGAGGUUGUCAGGCUUGCAAAUGAGUCAAAAUAUGGGCUCGGCUGUGCUGUUUUCUCAGGCAAUCAGAGUCGUGCCAGAGAGAUAGCUUCACAGAUACAUGCUGGGGUAGCUGCGGUUAAUGAUUUUGCAUCAACAUACAUGUGUCAGUCCCUACCAUUUGGGGGUGUGAAACAUAGUGGAUUUGGACGAUUUGGUGGUGUAGAAGGUUUGCGAGCUUGCUGUCUUGUUAAAGCAGUUGCUGAAGAUCGAUGGUGGCCAUUUGUCAAAACCAAGAUACCUAAGCCUAUUCAGUAUCCUGUUGCAGAGAAUGGAUUCGAAUUUCAGGAGUCACUUGUUGAAGCGCUUUAUGGUAUUGGCAUAUGGGACCGCUUGCGAGCAUUAGUAAACGUUUUAAAAAUGCUUACUGAGCAGCAUCCUGGUGGCGGCGGCAAGAGAAGAAAUGACUGAUUGUCAGGUCAGGUAACAUGCUAAAUGGCUAAUAUUGUCAUACUCAAACCCUGCUGCUAGGAAGCUGUAAGGGAAGAAAUGAAUAAUUGGCGGCAAGUCAAGAGAACACGCUAAAUGGUUAAUAUUGUCAAGUUGGGUGGGGGGUCUCACUUUUGGUUGACGUAUUUAUAUCUAACUACAAUGCUCUUUUUUUUUGUACAUGUGUCCUGUGCCAUCAUUUUUGUUGAGCUUUGGUAUCACUUUAAUAUAAUUUUUAAAUGCUCUCCCCCCACCACACACACCCAAAAUCAAACGUUGCUAUCUUUAUCUGUUCUUGUCAAAGAAAACUCUCAGAAGUUAUCAUUGUUUUGUCUUUCUUUUCAAAUGUAAGGGGAUUUAAACUCAAACUAGUUGACGAUUAUUUGGAUUGCAGGAGAUGGGAUAUUUUUGUGA